AUGAAAAUAGAGAAUAACAUACAAAAAGAAAAUAAUAUAAGAGAAAACAGUAAAAACGACAACAAUAAUAUUGAUAAUAAUAAUAAUAAUAAUAAUAAUAAUGCUGAAGUGGGUAACAAAUCAAAUGUUUUAAAUGAAGUAAAAAUCAAUGAAAAAUGUAACAGUUUUAAUAAUAAAAAUAAAAAAAAGAACAAUGAACAAUUAUUUAAAAAGAAUUAUAAUAGAAGCAAUUUUCAGUCAUAUAUGUACUCAAGAAGCUAUAAUCAGCAUUUUAUGCCUUUAAAUAAUAUUUAUAUUAGAAAAAAAAAAGAAAAAUUUUCUCAAAACUCAAAGAAAGAAAGUGUAAAUAAUCAUAAACAUAUAUCAAAUGAAAAAGAGGAAAAAACAAAUGUUGAUACAUCAUUAAAUAUAAUUGAAAAUAAGGAAGUACACACGAAUAAAAUUAAUAAUGAUAGUCCGUGUGUAGUUGAUAAUAAUACUUUUACAGAAGUUAAAAUGAAAAAAAGAAAGAAUAAAAAAAAAAAAAAAAAAAAGGGAAAUGGGAAAGUUACUGAAAAUUCUGGAAAAAUAGAUAAAGACACGAAUAUAGAUAAUUGUGAUGACAACAUUAAUACAAAAGAUAAUAAUAAUAAUAAUAGCAAAGAUAAUACUAACGGAAAUGCUACUACCGCUACAACAGUCACUACAACUACUACUAUUAGUGAUAAUAAUAACAAUAAAAAUAAGAAUUCUAUUGAUUUAAUAUAUAAAAAAAAGAAAAGAAAAGAAAAGGAAAAGGAAAAGGAAAAGGAAAAGGAAAAGGAAAAGGAAUCAUGCAAAAAGCUUCAUAGUUUUAAAGAAAAGGAAAGUAAAAAAAGAGAUAUAAGUUCCUUUAAAGAUAAAAGUGAGUAUUGUAAUAAGAUCAUAAAUACUAAUUAUGUUACAAAUAAUUUAUUAGGUAGUAAUUUAAAUAAAGAAAAAAUUAAAAACUUUAAUAAUAUGAAUUAUCUACAUAUUAGCAAUUUAAAUAAUAAAGUCAAUGCAAAUUCAAAUAAUCGUUUGUAUGCUAAUUAUUAUAUGAAUUUAAUAAAUAGUCAAUCAAAAAAAAAUUUCAUACAAACACAAAGGAAUGUAAAUAGUAAAUAUAAUUACGACAUGAAUAACUAUUCAUAUUUAAAUUAUAUUUACAACCCAGUCAAUUUUUAUGAUUUAAACAAAUAUUAUGAGUUACCAUAUUUAAAUAGUAUUAAUAACAGUAUAAGUAACAUUUAUUAUACUAAUGAUAUGCAAAAAAAUGCUUUAUUAGAAAAUAUGUUAAAAAUACAAGGAAUUCAUAAUUUGAAUAAUAUAUAUAGUAGUAAUAAUGAUAAUAUAUAUAAUAGCUGUUAUAAGUUAGAUAUGCAUAAAUCAAAUGGAUAUGAAAAUAAAAUAAAAAAUAAAAAUAAUGAAUUUAAUAAAAAACAGGAGGUACCUAAUAAUAGUGCUAAUAACAGUAAGGUCUGUGAAGUAAGUAAAAAUUUGGAAAAUGAAAAAAAGGAUGAAAUAAUUGUUAAUAAUAUAAGUAAAAGAAAGACACAUAAAGCAAAUAAAAAUUUUCAACAAGUAGAUAAUAAUAUUAAAUCAAAUUUAAAUAGAUCUGCUUCAAAAAAAUAUACCACUAAUUUGAAUAAAAAAAAAGAAAAUUAUAAAAAUGAUAUAGAUAGAACAAGAAUGGAUUAUUUAAUGAGUCAAGAAAAUAGUAAACAAAUAAAAAAUUACAAAAAUUAUGAAAGUACUUCUAAAACUAAGAACAAUUUGUGUUACAAUAAUGCAAAUGAAAAAAAUAAUUUCAAUAGAAAAAAAAGUAAGGAAUCAAACCAAGUAAGUAAAGUUAAUAAGUAUAAUAAUAUGGUACCUUAUGAAAUAUAUCAUCAGAGAAAAAAAAAAAAUUUAGUAAGUUAUCCACAAAAUAAAAAAGAAAAAUAUGUCAACGCUAAAAGUAAUAACACUUUAGAUAAAUGUAAUGAAAAAAUUGUUACAGAUAUAACAGCUGAAAAAGAGAAGAUGAAAGAUUUUGAAAUUAAUAAUGAAAUACAUAAAUUUAUAGAUUAUUGUGUAAAAAAUUAUGGUAAUAAAAAUUUAAUGAAUGUACUGAGCGAAUUCUCUUCAAAUAAUAUAAAUGAAAAUUUUGAUGAACUGAAAAAUAUUUUUAAAAUAAAAAUAGACGAAGAAAAUUUAAAUACAUUAACAAUAUUAGAAAAAGAUGAAAGCAAUAAUUUUGCAUUUAUAAAUGAUAAGAAUAUGAAUGAAACAAUAGAAAAAAAUAUUGGAGAAAUAUUUGAAGAUGCAAAUAAAGACAUAAUUGAAGAAUAUGAUAAAUUUAAAAAGUUAUUAAAUGAAAAAAUAGAUGAAAGUGGAAAUAAAGAGAAACAUGAUACUGAAAAGGAAAAAAGUAAAGAAGAGGUAAAUAAUGAAAAUGAAAAAGAUGAAGAAAAACAUGAUAUUGAAAAUAAAAAAGAUGAAAAUAAUAUGUUUGAAGAAAAUAAUAAAAUGAAUAUAACAAUACCUCCAGGUUUAAGUUUACCAGAUAUAAAUAGAGCUUUACUACAUGGUGCAUAUUUAGAUAAUAUAACUGUUGUAAAAAGAUGCCUUGAAAAAAAAGCUGAUAUUAAUUAUUUUGAUAAGAUUGGUAGAAGUGCCUUACAUUAUGCUUGUGCAGGUGGAUAUUUUGAUAUAUGUGAACUGUUAAUAAAAAACGGUGCAAAGGUUAACGUAUCUGAUUAUAAGCACUGGACACCUUUACAUAUCGCAAUAACAAAAAUGCAUAAAGAUAUAACAGAAUUAUUGUUAAAGAAUAAUGCUAAUAUAUAUGCAUUAUUACCACAUUCUUUAUCCCCCAAUAGGGGAAAGAUUACAGCAAGUAUGUGCAUACAUUUUGCAGCUAUUAAAGGAAACAAAGAUAUAACAAAACUAUUACUUCAAUAUGGGGCACAAAUUAAUGACACCGAUUUAUCUAAUAGAACUGCUCUUCAUUAUGCUGCUUACAGAAAUAAUCCAGAUUAUCUUAAAUUCUUAAUUUAUGAAGAAAAAGCAAAUAUUAAUAUUUUUGAUGCACAUAAUAGAUUGCCUAUACAUUCAGCUUGUUUAGGUGGAGUAUUAGAAAAUGUAAAAAUUUUAGUAGAAAAUAAAAGUUUUGUUCAGAAAAAAGACAUUUAUAAUAUGAGUCCAUUAGAUAUUGCUCACAUUAAAAAAUUUAAGCAUAUUAAACAGUUUUUAACUAAAUAUAUUAAUGAACGUUUUUGUCCUCUUAAUUCAGAAAAUGUAAAUCAUGAAUACUAUGAAAACAAUAAAGGUAAAGUUUAUGAUAAAUGUAAAAAUGAAGGUAUUGAUGAAAAUAAAAAAGAAAAUGUUGAUGAACAUAUAAAUGAAAAUAUUGAUAAUCAUAAAAAGGAAAGCACUGAAAAAUGUGAAAAUGAAAUUAUUAGUGAACAUAAAACCGUAAAUAGUGAAAAAGAUAAUAACGAAAAUAAUGACAAAUAUAAAAGUGAAAAUAAUAAUUCAAGAUGCUAUAAUAAGGAAAUAAAUUACACACAAUAUGAAAAUAAUGAAUUAGAAGAAAAUGAUGAGAAUAAGAUGGAUCCAAAAGAGUUCUAUAAUGACAACAAAAUGAUUAAAGAUAUUUUGACAACGACUAUUAGUACUGUUUUGAAUGAAAGAAAUAAAAACCAAAUUAAAAGAGUAGUUGAUGCUUUAGGAGUGUAUAUUUCAUUAAGCUUAUUGGAAAAAACUAUAUUGAUUCAGAAUUAUGGUGGUAUAGAUUUAGUUAAUAAAAAAGGUAAAAGAAGCACUGGAGGGGUUUUUUUCUAUUUAAUAAAAUAUAUGUAUAAAAACGAUAUUAUAUCAAAAUUUAAAUAUGAUUAUAUUGUUGAAGAGGAAAAAGAAAAAAAAAAGACUUAUAGGAAAUUAAAGAAAAAAUUACUACAAGAAGAAGAAAAUUUAAAGAAUACUAUAAAGAGUAGCAAUACAACUUUAAAAAGUAAAAAUAUCUGUGAAAAUAAUAAUUUAAAAAUAAAAGAAGAUGACAAUUACAGUAGUAAAUCAAAUUAUGAAAAAAAAAAGCACGAUACUAAUGAAAAAAUAUGUACUAUAAAACAGGAGGAAAGUAAUAGGAAUAAUAAUUUUAAAAAUAAGAAAAAAUACAAUUCCAAAAAUGAUUUUAAUAAGCAUAUCAGCAAGGAUGAUAACCAUCUGAAUAAAUCGAAAGAAGCAACAAAAAGUAUAGAUAAGAAAUCAUUAAAAUAUGGAAAUCCUUUAAACAAUACCAUUCAUAAUUACACCUUAAAUAAUUAUAAUUAUCAAAUGAAUUAUACUAAUGAUUACGAUAAUAUUACUUGUGAUAAAAUAAAUAAUUUUAAUGAUCCAUAUUUAAAAACUACAAGUAAUAAUUUACAAAUUCAUAACAAUAAAAAUAAUAUUAUUCCGAAUGAUCAAUUCACAGAAAUAAUAAAAGAAAAAAGUAAAAAGAAAAAAAAAAAAAAGAAAAAAAAUGCACACAUUUAUAUUGAUAACAAAAUAAAUAAUGCAAAUUAUACUGGAAAAAAUAAUGCAAAAUCUCCAUUUUUAAACUUAAUAGAAAAUUCUUAUAGCAAUUUUAGUCAUUUGUACGAUAUGCAAAAUCAAAAAAAACAUUUAUAUCAUUUGAGUAAUAUAGUAAAUCAAAGUGAAAAAUUUAAAUUUGAUAAUAACAUUAAUAAUUUUAAUAAAGAAAUUAUGAACUACCACCAGAAUAAUAUAUUUCCAUAUAUGAAUAAUUUACAAAACAAUAUAUAUGAUUAUGUAGGCAAUGCAAAAAAUAAUUACACUGGUUAUUUAAAUAACCAAAAUAUGUAUUUAUUAAAUAAUUUAUGUAAAUUUUAUGGAAAUAAUCCUCAAAAAAUCCAUUUAAAUAAUGUAGAUUAUAUUUAUUAUAAUAAUUAUCCUAAAAUUUAA